AAGAUGACUUUCUACGAUGACAUUUACCCAUUCUACCCUCUACAAAGGACCUCCUUCAUCUUCAGUGGCCGCUUGCUCACCAUUAUUCUGGUCUUUCUUGUGCUAGCGUUCAGUCUUCUUCUCAUUCUGCCAGGGAUACGAGGGAAGUCGAGGCUGUUCUGGAUGUGUCGAAUAAUCCUCAGCUUGUUCAUAGGAGUGGUGAUAGUGGUGCUAAACUUUACCAACGACUGGGCCGAGGCCAGAAUGACCACUAAUGCCACCUACAAGUCUUUCAGCAACGCGGUGGUUAAUGCUGACAUCGGCUUGCACGUUGGACUGUAUGGCAUAAAUGUGACACUAAAGGGGAAUCCUGUUGUACAGUUCAAUGAGACCAUUGACUACAAUGAGAUGUUCACCUGGCAUGACACUAUGGAAAAAGAGUAUGAGGAAGCUCUGGAGAAAGGUUUACCCAACCCCAUCCUGUACAUCGCUGAGAAGUUCACCCUGAGCAGCCCAUGUGGACUCAUCUUUCAGUACAGAUUCUCUGGAAGAUACGCCUCUGCAACCCUAUGGACGGCCUUUUGCUGCUGGAUUCUCGCCAAUAUCCUCUUCACCAUGCCGGUCAUUCUGUACGCCGGGUACAUGAUGAUGGCCACCGCUGCCUUCAUCUUCUUCUCCAUGGCCUCCUUCUCCACCAUCAUGAACGCACCGCAGUGUGUUUUCUCCAUCGGUACUGACUCCUUUGAGAUCCAGUACAGCCAUUCAUUCUGGCUGGCUCUGGCUACAGGUGUGCUGUGCGUCAUCAUCGGGAUUCUGGUGGUGAUGUUGAACUUUCUUGUACCAGAGAAAAUGAAAGAGGCUUUCAGUGUUGGCGUUGACAGUUAUGAAGACGAGGAUGUUUCUUAUGGGGAGGGCUACCUUAAUGCAGUUUUUCUUGAUGGAGUGACAGUUUCACCACUGACAUCAAAAGUCACGGCGGAGCGCAUAUGA